AUGCCAGAUGAAGUUCGAAAGAAAGGUCCAAGAGGUGUAAUUGAAUUAACAGAUUGUUGGAUAUCACCAUCGAACGAAGAUGAUGUGACUUUUACUCUACAAACUGGAAGUGGAGAUGCAUUUAAGUUACGAGCAUUUGAUGCUAAAGAAAGACAAAAAUGGAUAGAUAAAUUACGGGCAUGUUCAGGAACGAAUGCAGCUAAUGUUUAUGUUUCAUCUUUACCAAUAUCAAAAACACAACAAACAAAUACAUCAACAGCGACGAAUUUACCUAAUGAGAUAAAUAUUCGUUCCCCGACUCAAAGAAAUUCACAGUUAUAUGAAAAUCAACAUACACUUAAAGAACUUAAAGAAGUCAUACGUUGUGUUGAAGUCAAUCAACGAGAAUUUGUUGAAACAAUUUAUACACUACCUGAUGAUAUUUCUUUGAAUUUAAUGUCUAAGAAUAUGUUACUUCUUCGUUCCAUAUCUCAAUCAUGCAUAGGUUCAUUACAAGAUAGUUUAACAAUACUCACUAGAAGAAGAAUGCCAGAGAAUGAAAUACUUGCUACAUCUGUACCAUCAACACCAUUACUGCAAUCAUCAAUAGCAGUAACAAAUACUUCAAAUAAGCAAUCGAGUCAAUCUAUUAAUAAUAGUACUAGUGGAAAAUCAAGUUCACCUAGUGGUUUAUCAGCACAAUCAAAUCCAUUUGCUGUACAAAACAAAAAUCCAAGUCUUGCUGGCUUUAAUCAAUCAAAUGAAAACAGUAGUAUCAAUAAAGACACUAAGAACCAUGUUCAUAUUGAUCUUAAUGUAGAAUGUCAUUUGCCUUGUAUAGUUUUUCGCUUACUUGAUUAUCCAGCUGUAUCAAUCCCUUAUUUUGAUCAAUGGCAAAUAGAAGAUUUUCAUAAUUUAAAAAAAGAUUAUCCAAAUAUAUCCUGGCGUCAAUUACUUUCUGAUCAAUUUUAUGAACUUCGUUCAGCUAAUGGAAAAUUUAAUUUUAAUCGUGGUAAAUCAUGUCUAUUUAAAAUUUAUUUUAAAACAUUAUAUACACAUUUAUUAAAUGUACCACUUUUUAUUUUACUUAUUGAUCAAAUUAAUGAUAGUCAUACAAAUAAAUCACAUUUUAUUGGUAGUUGUAAUGUUAAAUUAAAUGAAUUAAUUGAAAUAUUAAAUCAAUCAAUUAUUAACAAUGGAUAUGACAUACCUCUUGUUGAACAACAAACAUUUCAUUGUAUACUUUUUAAUUUAAUGGGUACUAAAAUUGGUACUUGUCAUAUUGCUGUUCGACUUUGUCAUUAUGGUACAACUAUUUUAACACAUUUACCCAUGCUUGAUGAUGAACAUGCAACAAAAACAGAUAAAAAGUAAGAUCAUUAUGAAUUUGCUAUAGACAGUGCUAUGAGAAAUUAUAAAAUAAUCCUCCGCUUUUGA